CAUGUUCUCCCAUGACGUCAUUAAACGGGAAGUGAGCUCGUUGUUCUCCGCUGCCUGACUGCGGAGCGGGAAGCUCGCGGACCAAAACAACUCUUCCUCCUCCUCUUCCUCCUCGCGGACCAUGGACGGGAGUCGGCGUUCACCUCGUCUCUCGGCUGCUCUGCGAACAUGAGCACCUCGAACCUGUCCACAGUGGAUGGCACUGAUAGGCUGUGUGUUUCUGAGCGUGCUCAGUGCGUCCCGUCCCGAGUCCUUCACCUGCGCCAGCUUCCCGCCGACGUCUCCGAACAGGAAGUGCUGGCGCUGGCGCUUCCCUUCGGCCGAGUUAGUAAACUGAUCACACUGAAGACUAAGAACCAGGCGUUUCUAGAGAUGGCGUCAGAGGAAGCAGCCGUUACCAUGGUGAACUACUACACCUCGGCCACGCCCACCGUCAGGAACCAGCCAAUUUUCAUUCAGUACUCCACCCACCGCGAGCUCAAGACUGACAAUCUGACCAAUCAGAGAGCUCAGGUGACGCUUCAGGCCAUCAGUGCAGCAGCAGUGCAUUCUGGGAGCAUGGCGUCAGGAGGGGAGGGGCGGGGCUUAGCUCUGGGUCAGAGUCCCGUGCUGAGGAUCAUCGUGGAGAAUUUAUUUUACCCGGUCACACUGGAAGUUCUACAGCAGAUCUUCAGUAAGUUCGGCUCAGUGUUGAAGAUCAUCACGUUCACCAGGAACAAUCAGUUUCAGGCUCUGCUGCAGUUCAGUGAUGCUGUGCACGCUCAGCACGCCAAGGCUUCUCUGGACGGUCAGAACAUCUACAACGGCUGCUGCACGCUGAGGAUCGACUUUUCCAAACUGAGCGCGCUCAACGUCAAAUACAACAACGACAAGAGCCGAGACUUCACCAGAGCCGACCUGCCCACCGGAGAGCUGGAGCCCGCCGCCGCCUUCGGUGUAGCCCUCCCUCCAUACGGUGCAGCAGCUUUCCCGCCCACCUUCCACCAACACACAGGUCUGUCGAUGGCGGCAGUCCCUGGCUCGCUAGUGUCGCCUCCUCGUGUCUCGCUGCAGGUGGCGCCUCCUGCUGUCCACUCAGUGCUGCUGGUGUCCAACCUGAACCCAGAGAGCGUCUCGCCUCACUGCCUCUUCAUCCUGUUCGGUGUCUAUGGAGACGUUCAGAGAGUGAAAAUCCUCUUCAAUAAGAAGGAGAACGCUCUUGUUCAGAUGAGCGACGCCACACAGGCUCAACUGGCAAUGAGUCACCUGAACGGCCAGCGUCUCCAUGGUAACGUGAUUCGGGUGACGUUGUCCAAACACCCGGUGGUGCAGCUGCCUCGUGGGGGGGCUGGGCAAGAAGAGCAGGCACUGACUCGGGACUUUUCAGGCUCCGCCCUCCACCGCUUCAAAAAACCCGGAUCCAAAAAUUUUAACAACAUUUUCCCUCCAUCAGCAACGCUGCACCUGUCCAACAUCCCCUCCUCGGUCAGUGAGGAGGUGUUGAAGGAUUUAUUUUCCUCCAGCGGAUUCACAGUCAAAGCCUUUAAGUUUUUCCAGAAGGACAGGAAGAUGGCUCUGAUGCAGCUGGCGUCGGUGGAGGAGGCCAUCGAGGCGCUGAUCCACCUGCAUGACCACCAGCUGGACCACAACCAGCACCUCCGGGUCUCCUUCUCCAAGUCCACCAUCUGACCUUUGACCCCAAGACGCCCCCCACACAUAAAUAUACAGCAAGUCAGCUGAUGUCAGCAGGCAGCCCUGGGCUGUCAGCAUAGUUACUGUUGCGAUUAGCCUGUUAGCUUUAAUUUAGUCAGCUAUUAGCCUGUUAGCCACCCAUUUAACUACAACACCUUUUAGCUCGUUAGCUUGAAUUUAGCUGCAGCAGCUCGUAGCUCGUUAGCUGCAGUAGCUCGUAGCUUGUUAGCUUUGAGUUUAGCUGAAGCAGCUAAUAGCUUGUUAGCUUCAUUUGUUCACAACAAUUAAAUUGUAUAACAUCAGAGAUUCAUGUUGAUGUUUCAUCUUAACGAGAGAAACUCAAACGUUAGCGAGUGUUAUUGAUGUUAAAGUUUGUUGAUGACGAAUGUGACGAAGCUCCAGUACAUAAAUAGAUAAUAUAAUGUCAAGGCUGACAUGCUAGUAGCUAACUAACAUCAAAGCUAACGGUCUGAUAGCUCAUUAGCAUGACACCUCUAACCCUCUGAUGUCACUUGCUCUCUGGACGUUUCAACCAUUUUCCUUCCAACCCGUCACCUGACCUUUGACCUUUGGAGCUGACUAACCAAUCAGACUGCAGGGAUUCUGAUUGGUCCGCGGUGAGAGCAACGGACCAGUGGGAGAGACCUGACACACCAACGAGCUGUGCCUACAAACACUCUGACAUCACGAUGAAGGAUGAUGUCACAACAAGGGGUCGUCGCCAUGGUUACAGAGCACAUUCCUGAGUAGACUGAGAACUGAGUAGCAAUGCAUUGUGGGUAGUGUGGUCCAACAAGGAGCUAAUGUGAGUGAAUUGUUCUGUCUAAAUGUUAAAUUAAUGUGAUGCAGAAAAAAAAAAAUCAGGAAAAAUUUUCUUUUUAAAGUUAAA